GAGGACCAGAAAGCCAUGAGAGGCAAUGUAGCAGUGUUCAAGUGCAUUAUCCCCUCCUCUGUGGAGGCAUACAUCACUGUUGUCUCAUGGGAGAAAGACACAGUCUCGCUUGUCUCAGGACCUAGAUUUCUCAUCACAUCCACGGGAGCCUUGUAUAUUUUAGAUGUACAGAAUGAAGAUGGACUGUACAACUACCGAUGUAUCACAAGGCACAGAUACACUGGAGAAACUCGACAAAGCAACAGUGCAAGACUUUUUGUAUCAGAUCCAGCGAAUUCAGCUCCAUCUAUUCUAGAUGGAUUUGACCACCGUAAAGCCAUGGCAGGACAGCGAGUGGAGCUGCCUUGCAAAGCAUCAGGGCAUCCCUCACCAAAGUAUCGUUGGCUGAAGGACAAUGUUCCCUGGGAGCCUGACAGCAGGUUUCGGCAAACAGUUACCGGUCUGCUGAUUGAGAACACACGUCCUUCAGACUCGGGCAGCUAUGUCUGUGAGGUGUGGAACAACUAUGGGACUGCCGAGAUGAUAGGGCGACUCUAUGUAAAACAACCACUAAAAGCCACCAUCAGCCCACGGAAAGUAAAAAGUAGUGUUGGUAGUCAAGUGUCCUUGUCCUGCAGCGUGACGGGAACUGAGGAUCAGGAGCUCUCCUGGUAUCGCAACGGUGAAAUCAUCAACCCCGGUAACAACGUACGGAUCACUGGCAUCAAUCGAGAGAACCUUAUUAUGGAUGGCAUGGCCAAGAGUGAUGGUGGAGCUUACCAGUGCUUUGUGCGCAAGGACAAGAUGUCUGCUCAAGACUAUGUUCAAGUGGUUCUAGAAGAUGGAACUCCCAAAAUCAUUUCAGCCUUCAGUGAAAAAGUGGUAAGCCCAGGAGAGCCAGUCUCCCUUAUGUGCAACGUGAAGGGGACUCCUCUCCCUACGAUCACUUGGACACUGGAUGAAGACCCCAUUGUGAAGGACAGCAGUCAUCGUAUCAGCCAGAUUAUCACCUCUGAAGGCAAUGUGGUCAGUUACCUGAAUAUCUCUAACACUCAGGUCCGAGAUGGUGGAGUUUAUCGCUGUACUGCCAACAACUCUGCUGGAGUCGUCUUGUACCAGGCUCGAAUAAACGUAAGAGGGCCAGCAAGCAUUCGACCAAUGAAGAACAUCACAGCAAUAGCCGGACGGGAUACCUACAUCCACUGCCGUGUGAUAGGCUACCCAUAUUACUCCAUCAAGUGGUAUAAGAACUCUAACCUGCUACCGUUUAACCAUCGCCAAGUGGCGUUUGAGAACAACGGGACCUUGAAGCUCUCAGACGUGCAGAAGGAAGUAGACGAGGGUGAAUAUACGUGCAAUGUCCUCGUUCAACCCCAGCUGUCCACCAGCCAGAGUGUGCACGUGACAGUAAAAGUUCCGCCUUUUAUUCAGCCUUUUGAGUUCCCGCGGUUCUCCAUCGGGCAGAGGGUCUUCAUUCCCUGCGUGGUGGUGUCUGGGGAUUUGCCCAUCACAAUCACCUGGCAGAAGGACGGCAGACCUAUCCCAGUCAGCCUCGGGGUGACAAUUGACAACAUCGACUUCACCAGCUCCUUAAGGAUUUCUAAUCUUUCACUGAUGCACAAUGGGAAUUAUACCUGUAUAGCUAGAAAUGAUGCAGCAGCUGUGGAGCACCAAAGUCAAUUAAUUGUUAGAGUGCCUCCUAGGUUUGUGGUUCAACCCAGUGACCAGGAUGGAAUCUAUGGAAAAGCUGUAAUUCUCAACUGCUCUGCAGAGGGUUAUCCUGUUCCUACCAUUGUCUGGAAGUACUCAAAAGGUGCCGGGGUUCCUCAAUUCCAGCCGAUUGCAUUGAACGGUCGUAUCCAGCUUCUCACAAAUGGCUCCUUGCUGAUUAAACAUGUGCUGGAAGAAGACAGUGGAUACUACCUCUGCAAGGUCAGCAAUGAUGUGGGAGCAGACGUCAGCAAGUCCAUGUACCUCACUGUUAAAAUUCCAGCUAUGAUAACUUCCUAUCCAAAUACCACCUUGGCAACACAAGGUCAGAAGAAGGAGAUGAGCUGCACAGCACACGGAGAGAAACCCAUCAUAGUCCGCUGGGAAAAAGAAGACCGGAUUAUUAACCCUGAAAUGUCCCGUUACCUUGUUUCCACCAAGGAAGUUGGAGAUGAAGUGAUCUCUACUCUGCAGAUUUUGCCAACUGUGCGUGAAGAUUCUGGCUUCUUUUCCUGCCAUGCCAUCAAUUCUUAUGGGGAGGAUCGUGGAAUAAUUCAGCUCACUGUGCAAGAACCCCCUGACCCUCCUGAAAUAGAAAUCCGAGAGGUGAGAGCACGCAGUAUUGCCCUCAGAUGGACCAUGGGAUUUGAUGGAAAUAGCCCCAUCACUGGCUACGAUAUUGAGUGCAAGAACAAGUCGGACUCUUGGGAUUCUGUUCAGAGAACCAAAGAUGUUUCCCCCCAGCUAAACCAAGCCACUAUCAUUGACCUCCAUCCUUCUUCAACUUACAACAUUCGUAUGUACGCCAAGAAUCGCAUCGGCAAGAGCGAGGCCAGCAAUGAGCUCACCAUCACGACUGAUGAAGCAGCUCCUGAUGGUCCACCUCAGGAUGUUCAACUUGAGCCUAUAUCUUCACAAAGCAUUAGGGUCACAUGGAAGGCUCCAAAGAAGCACUUGCAAAAUGGAAUUAUUCGUGGAUACCAGAUAGGAUAUCGGGAGUACAGCGCAGGAGGAAAUUUCCAGUUCAACAUCAUCAGCAUUGAUACCACUGGGGACAGUGAGGUUUAUACGUUGAAUAACCUGAAAAAAUUCACCCAGUAUGGCAUGGUAGUCCAGGCUUGUAAUCGGGCUGGAAUAGGACCUUCUUCUCAGGAAAUCAUCACCACUACUCUUGAAGAUGUGCCCAGCUGCCCUCCAGGGAACGUGCAAGCCACUGCCACAUCACCAGAAACCAUCUCUAUUUCUUGGUCAACGUUGGCGAAAGAAACUCUGAAUGGGAUUCUGCAAGGAUUCAGAGUUAUCUACUGGGCCAAUCUCUUGGAUGGAGAGCUAGGAGAGAUAAAGAAUGUCACUACUACACAACCAUCACUAGAGCUUGAUGGCCUGGAAAAAUACACCAACUACAGCAUUCAGGUGUUGGCUUUCACACGAGCUGGAGAUGGAGUGAGAAGCGAACAAAUUUUCACCCGCACUAAAGAAGAUGUUCCAGGUCCUCCUGCUGGUGUUAAAGCUGCAGCAGCUUCAGCUUCCACCGUCUUUGUCUCCUGGCUGCCUCCUCUCAAGCUAAAUGGCAUCAUUCGGAAAUACACUGUCUUCUGCUCACACCCCUACCCCACAGUAAUCAGCGAGUUUGAAGCCUCUCCCGACUCAUUUUCCUACAGAAUCCCCAACCUGAGCCGGAAUCGCCAGUACAGCGUCUGGGUGGUAGCAGUGACUGCUGCAGGAAGAGGCAACAGCAGCGAGAUUAUCACCGUGGAACCAUUAGCUAAAGCUCCUGCCAGGAUUUUGACAUUCAGUGGCACCGUGACAACUCCUUGGAUGAAGGACAUUGUCCUCCCUUGCAAAGCCGUGGGAGAUCCAGCUCCAACAGUGAAAUGGAUGAAGGAUAGUAACGGGACACCCAGUCUAGUGAUGAUUGAUGGGCGAAGAAGCAUCUUUAGCAAUGGCAGUUUUGUCAUCCGUACUGUGAAAGCAGAAGACUCUGGAUACUACAGUUGUGUGGCCAGUAACAACUGGGGUUCAGAUGAAAUAAUUUUGAAUUUGCAGGUACAAGUUCCACCAGACCAGCCAAGACUCACUGUAUCCAAAACUACGUCCUCCUCUAUCACUCUUUCCUGGAUACCUGGGGACAAUGGUGGCAGUUCUAUUCGAGGUUAUAUUUUGCAGUACUCAGAAGACAACAGUGAGCAGUGGGGUAGUUUUCCCAUUAGCCCUAGUGAGAGAUCCUACCGUUUAGAAACAUUGAAAUGUGGCACUUGGUACAAGUUUACAUUAACUGCUCAGAACGGAGUGGGACCAGGACGCAUCAGCGAGAUCAUUGAGGCCAAAACGCUUGGGAAAGAGCCACAGUUUUCAAAGGAACAAGAGCUCUUUGCUAGUAUCAACACCACAAGAGUGAGGCUGAACCUGAUAGGCUGGAAUGACGGUGGCUGUCCCAUCACCUCCUUCACCCUGGAGUACCGACCAUUUGGGACAACAGUCUGGACAACCGCUCAGCGGACAUCCCUGUCCAAGUCCUACAUACUGUAUGACCUUCAGGAGGCAACCUGGUAUGAACUGCAAAUGAGAGUGUGCAACAGUGCUGGCUGUGCAGAGAAACAAGCCAAGUUUGCAACGCUCAAUUAUGAUGGCAGUACAAUCCCUCCACUCAUUAAGUCAGUUGUGCAAAGUGAGGAAGGACUGGCAACCAACGAAGGGCUAAAGAUGCUGGUGACCAUUUCCUGUAUCUUGGUUGGGGUCUUGCUGCUUUUUGUGAUGCUGCUGAUCGUGCGGAGGAGGAGGAGGGAGCAGAGACUGAAGAGGCUUCGAGAUGCAAAGAGUUUGGCUGAAAUGCUUAUGAGCAAGAAUACCAGGACGUCAGAUACACUUAAUAAGCAGCAGCAAACACUGAGGAUGCACAUAGACAUUCCCAGAGCACAGCUUCUGAUUGAGGAGAGGGACACAAUGGAAACAAUUGAUGACAGAUCAACAGUUCUGCUCACUGAUGCUGACUUUGGGGAGACAUCUAAGCAGAAGUCACUGACUGUCACCCACACAGUACAUUACCAGUCUGUGUCACAAGCUACAGGACCACUGGUGGAUGUUUCUGAUGCCCGGCCAGGAACAAAUCCUACAACAAGGAGGAGUGCCAAAACCGGACCCACAGCUCGCAACCGCUAUGCUAGUCAGUGGACCCUCAACAGGCCUCAUCCCACCAUAUCAGCUCACACACUCACCACAGACUGGAGGCUGCCCACCCCCAGGCCAGCAGGAUCAGUGGACAAGGAGAGCGACAGCUACAGUGUCAGCCCGUCACAGGACACAGAUCGAGCAAGAAGCAGCAUGGUCUCCACAGAAAGUGCCUCCUCAACAUACGAAGAGCUGGCGAGGGCAUAUGAGCAUGCAAAAAUGGAAGAGCAGCUGAGACAUGCCAAGUUCACCAUUACAGAGUGCUUCAUAUCAGACACAUCGUCGGAGCAGCUCACGGCAGGGACUAAUGACUACACAGACAGCCUGACCUCAAGCACGCCGUCAGAAUCGGGGAUCUGUAGGUUCACCGCAUCCCCCCCCAAGCCUCAGGAUGGAGGACGAGUGAUGAACAUGGCAGUUCCAAAGGCACAUCGGCCAGGUGAUCUCAUGCAUUUGCCACCCUACCUUAGGAUGGACUUUUUAUUGAACCGUGGCGUGCAGGGCACGAGCAGAGACCUGGGUUUGGGACAAGCCUGCUUGGAGCCGCAGAAAAGCCGAACCUUGAAGCGCCCCACCGUCCUGGAGCCGAUACCCAUGGAGACGUCCUCCACGAGAGAAGUACAGUCAUGGCAACCUGGUGCUGUGGCAACAUUACCUCAGCGAGAAGGAGCUGAGCUAGGACAGGCGGCAAAAAUGAGCAGCUCCCAAGAAUCUCUGCUGGACUCCCGGGGCCACUUGAAAGGAAACAAUCCCUACGCAAAGUCUUACACCCUGGUAUAA